AUGUGCACGCAAUUUUCUUACUUGACUGUCUCCCUGAUAACCGCUGCGGUUCCUGCAUAUCAGUGGGCUACGGGCAAGAUAUUCGAGUACAUUGCCAUUCGUCAUCCCCUGAAGGCGAAGUACAUAUGUACGCUGGUACAUGCCCGUGUUGUCAUACUGAGCGUGUGGUUGCUGUCUUUCAUUUGCUCCAUUCCAAUUUUAUUUGGACAACAACACAUCGAGGUUGGAUAUCGUCGUAUAGGUUACUACUGCCUGAAAGAAUGGUCGAAACAAUUCUAUUCCAAAUUUUAUGAGCUGUACAUGCUGAUUCUCAUGUUGGUCAUACCAUCUGUUAUCAUGACGGUGGCAUAUCUUGGAAUUUGUCAGGAAAUGUGGAACGUUACGUACCGUCGAGCUGAUAUGAGAAGUGGAAGCAUGGCGGAAAAUGGCCAAGUUGAGACGAAUACGCCUAGUGGUACGGGGUUCAGGAGUCUGCGGAUAUCCGGGAAUACGAAACGCAAGAAAAAGAAUACAACCGUAGAGGAUGACAAGACAAAAAUGCAGGUUGUCAAGAUGCUGGUGGUUGUUGUUCUCUUGUUCAUCAUCUGCUGGGCUCCGAUACUCAUCAAUAACGUUCUUGUCGGUUUCCAACAUCUAAACCCGCUAAAUUACGGCUAUCUGAAACCAAUGCGUAUUGUAUUUAAUUUAAUGGCAUAUUUUAAUAGCUGCAUCAAUCCGAUCGUUUACUCCUUCAUGUCAAAAAACUUUCGGGAAACAUUCAAACACUCGUUCCGUUCCAUUUUUCGAGGCCGUUUCAGAAAUGACCGCAAGCGGACUGGCAGGAGUACCGUUUCUUUUGCGACUCGCUCUACCUCCUUAAACCGGACUCAUUCCACGUUAUUCUUUUCUCUUUCUCUCUUUCCCUCCCUCUCUCUCUCUCUCUCUCUCUCUCUCUCGUUCUCAUUCUCUUUCCCCUUCUUGCUCUAUCAUUUUCUCUCUCUCUUUCUCGCUCUGUCAUUCUCUCUCUCUCGUUCUCUCUCAUUCUCUCUCCUUCCCGCUCUCUCAUUCUCUCUCCUUUUCGCUCUCUCAUUCUCUCUCACAAUAUCUCUCUCCCUCUCGCUCUCACUUUUUAUCUCUCCUUCUCUCAUUCUCUCUCCCUAUCGCUCUGUUUCUCGCUCUCUCAUUCUUUGUCUCCUUCUCGCUCUCUCGCUCUCUCGUUCUCUCUCUCGCUCUCAUUCUCUCUCUUCGUCAAGUAACUAG